CUUCUGCUCUCUUCUCUUUCCUUUCAAGCAUAUAUAUACACAUCUUCAAACUCAACCUAGCAAAUACGUACUGGACUAAGAAGAAGCUAGCAUUUCAUUUACGUAUAAUUUCAUAGUCUCUAGCAUAUAACACUUUUUUGAGUUGUUUAAUUAGUUCUGUGCUAUUUUUGUUUAUAAUAUAUAGUUUUAUGAGAUGGAACUUGAGCUUGGUCUUGCAAUUCCUUCCUAUUUUCCCAUCAAAUCUUCCGACCUAAAUGGCAACGUCGACAGUUUUGAUGACAACUUCUCAGAAAUGAAGAAUGAUAGCAAUUAUAUCAACCACAAGUCUAACUUUUCAGCGGCUAAUUCUGAUUAUGAUGAUAGUGACAAAUUUGAACGUAAAACGUUGCCUUUGCUUAUAUGGAAUGGCCAACCAAAUGAUGAAGAAGAAGAUGAUCACCCAAAGAGGAGAACUUUUGAAGCUUGCAACCCGGAAAUCAAGGAAGAAAACCAAUUAGUGGGGUGGCCACCAAUUAAAUCAUGGAGAAAAAAGCAAAUUAAUGGGAUUAAUCACCAAGGUAUUGGCUGGAACACAAAUGAAAGAAUUAACAAUGAUGUUAUUGGUCGAAGAAACUCAAUGUAUGUGAAGGUUAAAAUGGAAGGAGUAGCCAUUGGAAGGAAAAUUAAUCUAAGGCUGUAUAAUUCCUAUCAAGUCCUUACUAACAGCUUGAUCCAAAUGUUUGCAAAAUCAGAUCAGAAUUGCAACGAUAAUGGUACGCGCUUUACACUAUUGUACCAAGACAGAGAAGGAGAUUGGAUGCUUGCAGGAGAUGUGCCAUGGCAAACAUUCAUGGAGACUGUUCAAAGAAUACAAAUACUAAGGAAUGGGAAGAGAGGAAGAAUAAAUUCAAGAAAAUCGUCCGAUAUUUCUUAGGCAGAAUACUGGUUAAAAUCAUAUAUUCUGUAUACGAAGGUAGUCCUCAUUAAUUAGCUCGCAAUGGUUUUCUAAGGAAAAAGAUAAGACGACACAAUAUUCGUUACAGUUUGCUAUUAUUGUAGUUUUAUAUUUAUCUUCGUGCGGCUAUUGGAUGUCCAGAAUUAUCAGACUUUUUUAGAGCUUACUUUGUUUUUUCUCCAAAUUAAAUAGAGCAUGUUCGAGAGCGAGAUACCUUUUGAAGUAUAAAUACUACUCUAAGGAGAAAUGUUUUACAAAAUUUAAUAUAUACAUGCAAUUCAUUGAGCGCUUGGUACUA